AUGAGACUUUUUAGCCUCCACCGCCUCGCUGUGAUUAAUUUCGCGAUCAUUGAUAGUGUGAAAGGAGCUUCCGAGGCCUCUUACAAGCUGUACUACAAUGCGUCGGCUGUCCGUGACUUCUUCGAUGCAUUGCCGAUAGGUAACGGGCGGCUCGGGGCCGUUGUCCACGGCUACGUUGACAAGGAGCUCAUCCGAUUGAACGAGGAGUCAAUCUGGAGCGGAGGGCCCAUGGACAAGGUUCCCCCUACCGCCAAGGAUAAUCUCGAGACGCUCCGCCAGCAGAUACUCAACGGUUCUCUAACAGAGGCCGGAGAGACAUGGAGCCAGCACUUUGUUCCCGAGUACGAUGAUAUGCGACGCUAUCAGCCCGCAGGAGAGUUGCGUAUUGACUUCCCGCACGGUCAGGCGGACGUUUCGGGCUACAGACGAGAGCUGGACAUCUCGAAUGGAGUCGUAUCAGUCUCGUACAAUUAUGGAAACGUUACGUAUUCUCGGGAGUCCAUUGGCAACUAUCCACACAAUGUCCUGGCUUUCAAGAUCUCAGCAGACCAGCCCGGUUCGUUGAGUCUGAGUCUCGGGCUGACAAGGAGCUUGAAUGCCACUCACAUUGCGGCUGAGCUCAGUCCCCGACAGUUGACGCUUCAUGGGACGGGGCAGGAGGAUGAUACCUAUCGCUUUGCUUCCAAGGCGCGGAUCGCACUCGCAAACGCUAUCGAGAUCACUGACGCGGAUGAGGUCUGGAUAUUCUACUCUGCCGAGACCGCCUAUCACCACCCUGAUGCAACCUACGAUGGCCUUGACAAAAUAGUGGCCGAAAGGAUGGAGGAAGCGUCUCGUCUUGGGUACGAAGCACUGCGAAGACAAUCCAUCGAAGACUACCAGAGCUACUACAACCGCUCAUCCAUUGACCUGGGAACUUCAGACGAGAUCGGGUUGAGGACUGUACCCGAGCGCCGCGAGAACUGGAAGCACGGCGGCAACGUCGGGAAUGACAUCGAAUUCAUGUCUCUCCAGUUCAACUACGGCAAGUAUCUGCUCAUCCAGUCGUCCCGUCCCGGAACCUUGCCUGCCAACCUGCAGGGCAUAUGGAACCAGGCCUUCAAUCCUGCGUGGGACAGCAAGUUCACGCUUAACAUCAACCUGGAGAUGAACUACUGGCUUGCGCAGCCUCUCGACCUCCCAGAGAUUGCGGAGCCCAUUGUUGAUUUCCUGGAUAAGCUGUCCGUAGUUGGUCGUGAUGUGGCCACUCGCAUGUACGGUGCAGAUGGAUGGUGUGCCCACCACAACACAGACAUCACAUUCGACGCAACGCCAUACCACGGUCUGACAAUCGCAGCGCCCUACCCCCUCGGCGGCGCCUGGGUAGCCUUCGAGGCCAUCGAGCACUUCCGUUUCACGCGCGACAAGACCUUCGCCAGGGAGCGCACGCUCCCGAUCCUCAGGGGCGCCAUGGACUUCAUCUACAGCUGGGCGACGCAGCGCGACGGCCACUGGAUCACCAACCCCAGCUGCUCCCCCGAGAACUCGUACUACAUACCCGAGGGCAUGUCCGUGGCCGGGGAGAACACGGGCAUCGACGCCGGGGCCAUGAACGACCGCGCCAUCAUGUGGGAGGUGAUGCAGGGGUUCGUCGAGAUCUCCGAAGCCCUCGGGCUGGACGAGGGCGUGCAGCGGGCUAGAGACUUCCGCGACGGCAUUGAGGGCCCCGUGGCGGGAUCGUUUGGCCAGCUGCUCGAGUACUCGCGCGAGUUCCGCGAGAAUCAACCGGGACAUAGGCACUUCUCGCCGCUGGUGGGCGCGCACCCGGGGACGUGGACGACGCGACUGACCACGCCCGAGGACGCGGAGAAGGCGUACACACUCCUGCGGUGGAGGAUGGACAACGGGGGAGGGGGGAAUAGCUGGGCCGUGACGUGGGCGAGCGUGCUGCACGCCCGGCUUUUUGAUUCUGCGCACGCGCUGCAGUACCUGGUUGAGUUGCAGGAUCGGUGGGUGCAUGAGAACCUGUUCAGUCGCAACGGGGGCUACUUCCAGAUCGACGGGAACUCGGGCUACACGGCGAGUGUGGUGGAGAUGUUCCUGCAGAGCCAUGCUGGUGUUGUUCACCUGGGUCCGGCUAUUCCUGAGGCCGGUCAGGGCUUAUCCUCUGGAAGCUUCAAGGGAUGGAUCGGCAGGGGAGGGUUCAAGAUUGACAUGGAGUGGGAGGAUGGGAAGGUCCGUGGAGCGUCUAUAACCUCCUUGAAGGGCAGCCCGCUCAAGAUUCGAAUUGGAAAUGGCGUACCGUAUAAGGUCAAUGCCCGCGAGUACAGAGGUGUAGAUGGGGAAGCUUUUGGGACCCAGGCUGGCGAGAUAUAUACGAUAACCGUCUGA